AUUGUUGGUCUCUGCUGCAGGCAAAGAGCUCUUUACCAGCAGCCAGCAAGCGCCCAAUUAAUCAUUCAGAUGGGUUCUCUUCCCUCUCCACAACUGGUAGAAGAUUUCCUCGGCGUCCUCAAACUCUACAGCGAUGGCUCCAUUUACCGCUCCACCGACCUCGUCCACCCCAAGAUUCCGCUCCACGACGAUGCCUCCGCUGUCGUCUGGACAGACUGUCUCUUCCACCCCGACCACAACCUCCACCUCCGCCUCUACAGACCCACGUCCCCACCACCCGCCGGCCAGAAGCUGCCCAUCCUCUUCUACAUUCACGCCGGCGGCUUCUGCUUCGGCUCCCGCACCUAUCCCAAGUCCCAUAACUGCUGCCUCCGGCUGUCUUCGGCGCUGCAGGCCGUGGUGGUGUCGCCGGACCACCGCUUGGCGCCGGAGCACAGGCUUCCGGCGGCCCUUGACGAUGUUUACGACUCUCUCAAGUGGCUGCAAGUGCAAGCAGCUCAGGCUGCUGCGGGUGAUGAUGAUGAUGAUGAUGAAACAACGUUGUCUAGAGGUAGUGGUGGUGGUUCCGAGUGGCUGCGGGAGAUGGGGGACUUGGACCGGGUUUUCGUGAUGGGAGACUCGUCCGGGGGGAACUUGGCGCACCAUCUGGCGGUGCGCCUUGGACCGGGGUCCGCCGAGUUGGCGCCGGUCCGAGUACGAGGAUAUGUCCUGUUGUCGCCCUUUUUCGGGGGGACAGUUAAGACCACUUCCGAGGAACAGCGGCCGUGCGAAUCCUUUUGGAACCUGGACAUGUAUGACAGGCUCUGGAGGUUAUCGUUGCCGGCGGGAGCAACGAAAGACCACCCGUUGGCGAACCCAUUUCAGUCGACGACGGAGAUAAAACGCGCCGCCCUGGAUCCCAUGCUGGUGGUGGCGGGGGGCGGCGAGAUUCUGAGAGACAGGGCGGAGGAGUACGCGAGCAGGCUUCGUGAGUAUGGGAAGACUGUGGUGUACGUUGAGUUCCAAGCACAGCAACACGGCUUCUUCACUGCUGACUGCUUCUCCCCAGAGGCCAACACCCUCAUCCAAACUAUCCAACACUUCAUCUCCCUAUACUCAGCCCCCCCCAUCUAUUAGAUCCAUUCCACCAUAAGAAUAACAGGACGUAAUGGUAUUAUCUCCCUGAGAUGGAUUCUGACAAUCAAGUUAGUAGUCCGUGUGUGUUUGAAAAAUGAGCAAUAAGGUAGAAUGAAGGGAAGAUGCAUAUGUGAAUCCGUGUACUUUGCUGAGAGAUUAGCAUUUAGGGCUAAUUAAUAAGCUAGUUUGUCCUUCAACUUAUGAUGAUUUUAUAAUUUUAUCUUGUUUCGAAAAUUACUUUAA